GCUUAAUUCGUGCUUGACAUGCAAGCAAUUGCGCGGGGCGCGGGGUUUCGAAAAGCCCCUCACCGUCUCUCUCUCGCUAAAACCCUAGGGUUUUAGACAAUCUGUCUCUAACACGCACGAAGAAGUGAAGAACAGAAGUUGAUAUGAAUUUCAAGAACGUUAGAGUUCCAAAGGUGCCUGGGGGUGGUGCAGCUUCAGCAUUGUCAACAGCUGCAGUACUUGGUGGUCUUGGUAUAUAUGCAGCCUUCAACAGUCUCUACACUGUUGAGGGAGGACAUCGGGCCAUUGUUUUUAACCGUGUAGUUGGUAUUAAAGACAAGGUCUAUCCUGAGGGGACUCAUUUGAUGAUUCCUUGGUUUGAGAGACCUAUCAUUUAUGAUGUCCGUGCUCGCCCUCACCUUGUUGAGAGUACUUCUGGAAGUCGUGAUCUUCAAAUGGUCAAGAUAGGUCUUAGAGUUCUUACUCGACCAGUGGCAGAUCAAUUACCAACUAUCUACAGAACCCUAGGGGAGAAUUAUAAUGAAAAGGUUCUGCCAUCAAUUAUCCACGAAACUCUAAAAGCAGUGGUAGCACAAUACAAUGCAAGUCAACUGAUUACUCAGAGAGAGGCUGUAAGUCGGGAAAUAAGGAAAAUAUUGACAGAGAGAGCUGCAAAUUUCAAUAUUGCACUUGAUGAUGUCUCUAUUACAAGCCUUACUUUUGGGAAGGAGUUCACAGCUGCGAUUGAAGCCAAACAAAUUGCUGCUCAAGAAGCAGAACGAGCGAAGUUUGUGGUGGAGAAAGCCGAGCAAGACAAGAAGAGUGCUGUUAUCAGAGCACAGGGAGAAGCCAAGAGCGCCCAACUUAUUGGUGAGGCUAUUGCUAAUAACCAAGCUUUCAUCACAUUGAGGAAGAUUGAAGCUGCAAGAGAGAUAUCACAGAUCAUCGCGAACUCUGCAAACCGCAUUUUCUUGAACUCAGAUGAACUCUUGCUGAACCUUCAGGAGAUGAAUUUGGAGACCCCGACUGGUUCUAAGAAGUGAUGUUAAGCAAAAUCCCUUUGUUGACACAACCAACAAGACCGUAUCAUAUAUCAAGUUCGGAUAAUUUGGUAUAGUAAAAAGACUGUUUUUUGGCGCAUGAAAUUGCUUGUUUUGGCAAGGGACAUUUUAGGACCAAGUGGGUUUGGCUGUUCCGAGAUUUUUGAGGUAAUUGAUAUCGUAGUCUUUGUUAUAGAGAAGUUACGCUGUAAUAAUGCGCAGGUUUUAUAUGGAUUUUUGUGAAAGUGAAGCUUGAAUUACAGCAGCAUGGAGAGUCA